CCUAGAUCGUGCGGCGGGGGCGGGGCUUCAGAGCAGUUGUCUCGGUUACUGAGAGGUGGAGCCGCCAAGGUCUCUGUGGCCCGGAUGUCCGGGCGCUACCGUCGGGUCCGUUGGUUCCUGAGCUUCUGUAGCGAAGCCUAGGAGCGGCCAAUGGCUGUCGAUAUCCAACCAGCAUGCCUUGGACUUUAUUGUGGGAAGACCCUAUUAUUUAAAAUGGCUCAACUGAAAUCUAUGGUGAAUGUGGGGUGUGCCCAAGAGGACAGAGGACAAAUGCACAGAAGUACUGUCAGCCUUGCACAGAAUCUCCAGAACUCUAUGAUUGGCUCUAUCUUGGAUUUAUGGCUAUGCUGCCUCUUGUUUUACAUUGGUUCUUCAUCGAAUGGUAUUCAGGGAAAAAGAGCUCCAGUGCGCUUCUCCAGCAUAUCACUGCACUAUUUGAGUGUGGCAUGGCUGCCAUUAUCACUUUACUUGUGAGCGAUCCAGUUGGCGUUCUUCAUAUCCGUUCCUGUCGAGUAUUGAUGCUUUCUGAUUGGUACACGAUGCUUUACAACCCAAGUCCUGACUACAUUACCACUGUGCACUGUACUCAUGAGGCUGUCUACCCACUGUAUACCAUUGUGUUUAUUUAUUAUGCAUUCUGCUUGGUAUUAAUGAUGCUGCUCCGACCUCUUCUGGUAAAGAAGAUUGCAUGUGGCUUAGGGAAGUCCGACAGAUUUAAAAGUAUUUAUGCUGCCCUCUAUUUCUUCCCAAUUCUAACUGUGCUGCAGGCAGUUGGUGGAGGCCUUCUAUAUUAUGCCUUCCCAUACAUUAUAUUAGUGUUAUCUUUGGUUACUCUGGCUGUGUACAUGUCAGCUUCUGAAAUAGAGAACUGCUAUGAUCUGCUGGUUAGAAAGAAAAGACUUAUUGUUCUCUUCAGCCACUGGCUACUUCAUGCCUAUGGGAUAAUCUCCAUUUCCAGAGUGGGUAAACUUGAGCAAGACCUACCCCUUUUGGCUUUGGUACCUACACCAGCCCUUUUCUACUUGUUCACUGCAAAAUUUACUGAACCCUCAAGGAUACUCUCUGAAGGAGCCAAUGGACACUGAUUUAUGAACAUGCCAAAAAAAACCUAAGAAGUAUUCUUAAUAAAUACGUAAAGAUUUUUU